AUGCCAGCUGUCAACGUCCUGCAUCAUCACAGCACACGGAAGAAGAAAAGCCACAUCAUCUUCCCGCAGAAGCAGAGUAAAAGCAAGGUGAGGAAAGCAGAGUCAUCCUUCGGAGAGCAUCGCAAUAAGACACACACACUUGCUGCCGGCCGCUGAGGCUGUGAGGUCUACCUUCGGAAGCAGAUCUGUGGCAAAUGUGGCUACCACGCCAAAUGCAAGAGAAACUGUAACUGGAGUGCCCAGGCCACGACACAAAACACUACUGGGACUGGGCAAUUGAGCCACCUAAGCCAUGGAUUCCCUGAAGGAACAAGACCUAAACCCCAAAGGGUAGUUGUUGCAGCUUCCAGUUCAUCCUGA